CUGCUCCUCACGCACCGCGUGGACACGAUCGGUCAGAUGUCCUGUAAUCCUUCCUUUGGUGGUAUCGGAAAGGGGCAUUUAAUGAGGGAAGUGGAUGCUUUAGAUGGCCUGUGUUCCCGAAUCUGUGACCAGUCUGGUGUACAUUACAAAGUAUUAAACCGGCGUAAGGGACCAGCUGUUUGGGGUCUGAGAGCUCAAAUUGAUAGGAAACUCUACAAACAGAACAUGCAGAAAGAAAUCCUAAAUACACCACUGCUUACGGUUCAGGAGGGAGCUGUAGAAGAUCUUAUACUUACAGAACCAGAACCUGAGCACACUGGGAAAUGCCGUGUCAGUGGUGUUGUUUUGGUGGAUGGAAGCAAAGUAUAUGCAGACAGCGUGAUUCUGACUGCUGGGACAUUUCUGAGAGGCAUGAUUGUAAUUGGAUUGGAGAUGCAUCCGGCAGGACGUUUAGGAGACCAGCCUUCCAUUGGGUUGGCUCAGACUCUAGAGAAGUUGGGGUUUGUGGUGGGAAGAUUGAAGACUGGGACUCCACCCCGAAUUGCCAAAGAGUCCAUUAAUUUCAGUAUUCUAAACAAGCAGACACCAGAUAAUCCAUCCAUACCAUUCAGCUUUAUUAAUGAAACAGUGUGGAUUAAGCCAGAAGAUCAGCUACUGUGUUACUUGACUCAUACCAACCCUAGAGUGGAUGAGAUUAUCCUUGAGAACCUGCACCUUAAUAGUCACAUUAAGGAAACUACAAAAGGACCCCGAUACUGUCCUUCCAUUGAAUCAAAGGUUUUGCGUUUUCCAAACCGUAUACAUCAGGUUUGGUUGGAACCUGAAGGAAUAGAUUCUGACCUCAUCUACCCCCAAGGGUUAUCUGUGACGCUACCAGCUGAAUUACAGGAGAAAAUGAUCACAUGCAUCAGAGGCUUGGAGAAAGCUAAAAUGAUCCAGCCAGGCUAUGGUGUUCAGUAUGAUUACUUAGACCCCCGUCAGAUCACUCCUUCUCUCGAGACUCAUUUGGUGCAACGGCUUUUCUUCGCUGGACAGAUAAAUGGCACUACUGGUUAUGAGGAAGCUGCAGCUCAAGGUGUGAUAGCUGGAAUCAAUGCAAGUCUUCGGGUCAGACGCAAGCCUCCUUUUGUCGUUAGCCGAACAGAAGGCUACAUAGGAGUCCUGAUUGAUGACCUCACCACACAGGGCACUAACGAACCAUACCGAAUGUUUACCAGCCGAGCAGAGUUCCGUUUGUCACUGCGCCCUGAUAAUGCUGACAGCCGCCUCACAUUCCGAGGGUAUAAGGAAGCUGGCUGUGUGUCCCAACAAAGAUAUGAAAGAGCUUCUUGGAUGAAGUCUUCUUUAGAAGAAGGCAUUUCUGUGUUGAAAUCCAUUGAGUUUUCAAGUUCUAAAUGGAAAAAGUUAAUCCCAGAGGCUUCUAUAAGUAUGGGUAAAGUUGUAUCUCUCAGAGCUCUAGAUGUUCUGAAGUAUGAAGAAGUUGACCUGGAGUUAUUGGCAAAGGCUGUUCCAGAGCCCUUGAAGAAGUAUACUCAAUGUAGAGAGCUAGCUGAAAGACUGAAAAUAGAAGCCACUUAUGAAACAGUAUUGUUCUAUCAGCAACAAGAAAUAAAGGACAUUCAGCGAGAUGAAGCUCUCCAACUGCCAAAAGACCUAGAUUAUUUGACUCUCAGGGAUGUGUCUUUGUCCCAUGAAGUUCGAGAGAAGCUACAUUUCAGUCGCCCACAGACGAUUGGGGCUGCAAGUCGGAUACCUGGAGUGACACCUGCUGCCAUCGUCAAUCUGCUCAGAUUUGUGAAGACCAUUCGGCAAAGACAGGCAGCUAUGAAUGAGUUGCCCAAAACUGAUCAAUGCUUAUGUGAUACAGACAGACUUGAAGAGAGACAGUUAUAGCUUUCUGUUCAUCGAAGACUUAUAAUCAAUGUAAGAGUAUAGAUAGGAGAUAAGAAGAAGUAUUUCUACUUAACACCUGUUAAAAAACCUUAUUUAUUAUGGUUUUGUCAUUAAUCUAUGAAGAAGACAGAUAUUAUCAUUGUGCUUUUUUUGUACAUCUGAAAAAAUAGUUAUAAACUCUUAAUUUAUACUCUUUCUCUCAGGUGCUCUAAUGCAGUGAGCCUAUUAAUAUAACUUUGUGCAAAGCCCAUUAAAGAGAGAUAUAGUGGC